UACGGAAAUAAUUAUCGCGAUUUAUGCUAUUUGCAAAAUGGAAAAAAUAGGAGGCUCUUUGAGACGUCAAGUGAGGUUUUUAGGGAUUUGAAGUCGCCGGCAAGGACUUCCGGGGGGAUUUUUUCACUCCCCCGGAAAAAUUGUCAAUGAUAAGUGUGGGGGAGACGAACGGGGAUGGACCUGGCCGAAAGUAUGAAAAACAUUGUUGCUAAAGGAAUGCAAACGGAGAUGGGUCCACCAGGAGGAGGCUCGGGUUAUGCUGGAUCCGCCAGUGGGGCUGGAUAUGUCACGGAGACAAUGUAUUCACUGUUGCGGCUUUAUUUGCAGAAUAAGGGCUGGAAUCCGAGUAUUGAAUUGUUGCAGUGCUUUACCGAGUUGAAGGAGGCGUCUAUGCUGCCAAGUGCUGCUUAUCUCCAAAUGAUGGCAUCGAGAGUCGCUCUAGAUGCCCAAGGCAGACUAGUUCUUCGUGAAAAUGGAAAGAUCAUUCUCCCCUACGAGCACUUUGCCAAUGCAGUGAUGCUGAAGCACAUGAACGGCCCUCAUGGCCUUCAUCUGGGUCUGGAGAGCACAGUGCGAGCAGUUAUGGAGUCCUACACAAUUGGUCGUGAAUGUUUUGGGAUGGAGAAGGAGUUCAUCAUUGAGGUGGUACAGAAUUGUCCCAAUCCAGCUUGCCGUUACAAGAACCAGCUGGAAUUGACCCAGAAAAUGGGACACAUGGCACCAACGUACAUUCAGGACAACGAAGCGGCUGCUGCUGCUGCUGCUGCUGCUGCAUCGAUGCUGCGUUUUCCUCAUAAUAAUGACUUUCAAGCUUUAAGUAAUGCAAAUGCUAGUCACAUGGGGGGAUCCUCAUCUGAUAUCUCAGAGAUUCGAAGUGGUGGGAAUCAGAUGAAUCUGCAACGUCCACCCAGUCGUCCGUCAUUAAAUAUUCCCCAUCGACCCUCCUCCCAGGAGAAGAAAUCCAUUGGAAAACAGCAUUAUGAGUCGAUGAUUAAUACUCAAAUCCCCGAUCACAAGCUCACGGAUUUCUUAAGAUCUAAUUUAGAUAAUCUAGAGGGACUCAGUGGACUUGGGCUCGGGAAUCUGCAAGGACUCACGAAUGCCAAUAAAGAUCUUCUAGCACUUCACAAUGGUGCCUGGACCAUUGAGGAGAAAGGGGCUCGUUCAGCAGCCACAAAUGCCGACAAUGGUGGGGGAAAAAUUGUUCGAGCUUUCGCUGAAGUUAUGAAAAACAUGGCGAGAAUGAAGGCUUGUGUACGCCCUGCUAUGUGUAAACCCUAUGGAAAACAAUCGGAGGCUUUGCAAAAAACAUUGGUGGACACAAUUCAGUUGGUGCAGUCGUUGAGGAGCUUUCUUCCACCUCCACAUAUUCCUGUAUCCAGCUGGAAAAAUGAGGAUAAACACAGAUUAGAUCAUUCUGGGCCUACAUAUCUUCCACCUAGUUUAAAAGCCAGUGGUUUGGAAGACUUGUGUGAACCUCGAAAGAUGGACUGAGCGUUUUACUACAAUUUCAUAUUCAUUCAUUCUCUAGUCAUAUUGGAGUCAUUUAAAGUGGAUUGGAAAAAACAUUUUUAUAAGGACCAGACUGUUUUGCUCAAGAGUGAUGGCGUUUAGGAAAUUUCGGUGAUUGUGGGCGGUUAAAAAUGAGUCAUGCGUGGACUGUGAUAAAAGUGGGUAGUAAAAAAGAUGAAAAACAAAUUCUAUCUAGAUUUGAAAUCGACUCGUCAUUUACCAAAUACUGAUACUUUAGUAUUUCUUUGAUUUUUCUUUUCAUUUCUGAUUUUUUAUGAAAAACUCCUGCCAGUGGUGCUUAUUGGUGCAAUCAGGGGGUCUUACUUGCCUUGCUACUGGCAAUGUACUGAAAAAUACAAACUUUUACAGUAUUUGUAAUAUAUAUAUUUUUAGAGAAAUAAAAUUCACCUGGGGUUGACUGGUGCUUUUGGAUAUGACAAAUUAUUAAAAAUGAAUGAAUAAAAAAAAAGUCAAUAAAUAUUACGAGUAAUGGCUGUAUCACCCCGGGGAUGGACGGACCCCACCUGAUGGCACGUAAUUAUGCUAAAAAAAAUUAUAUUAUUUAUUUACGUAGCGAAUAAGGCUAGAUAUAUCUUUUGUUAUGGAAUAUUGAAGUUUUAUUUGUACGUUCUAUGUUUGAAAUUUUUGAAAACUCGUCGAUUUUUAAAGGUGAAUUUUAAGCUCCACAGGCAGGUCAAGUCAACUGUUGCCAAUGAAAAAAAAAUUACCUAAUUAAUCAAUUAACUAUUCUUCCAGCAUCUUAUAAAUCCAUUAUUUUUCAUUGGUAUCACAUGACAAUUAUCAAUCAAUGAUACAAAUAUGGCAGCAUUUGAGGAAAAAUAAUUAUUUAUGAAUAAGAUUCUAAGGAAAUUGAAUGUUUUGAGGGAUAAAUGUUUCGGCUGAUGAAAUUUUCUAAAAAAAUUUAAUGAAAAUUGAGAGUAUGUGAGUUUGUUAAACAUUUUUGUGUAUUUAUUACACAAACAAAUAUUCAUUGUUUUUAUUUUGCGGAAUUGUUGUUUUUUUAGGAGAUUGAAAAAAUUGUUAUUAUUUGAGCUGCUGCAAUGUUCGAAUAUCGAAUGGUGAUAUCAAUUCAUGCUUCGACUGUAUUCUAUAAUUAUCUGUUGAUGUUUACACCACUACUGUGUAUCAAGAAGAAAAAGAUGUGAAAAAAGCAAAAAAAAAAACAAAAAGCCGUAAAUCUUGAUGGAACUCAAAAGAUAAUAUUCAUAUAUAUCGAAUAAAAGCAUACCGUCGUUUUUGUCUCUCGCUAUCAAAGAAGAAAUGACCAUUAACGUAUCACUGUCUACACUAAAGAAGACAAUUAAAAUUAAUAUCGAAACUUUUUCUGAUCAAGCAUAUCAUCAAACAACAUUAAAUGAAUAUAUUGAAAUAAUGAUCGUUAAGUCUUUGAUGGCUUGACAAUGUAUUGAAUCAGUCCUUAAAAACGAAUUAUUAAUAAUAAUUGUACACAAAAAGAAAAAAAAAUGCUACUGACGUGUCUGCACUGCUGCUGCUGCUGCAAAAAAAACAAUUUACCGUCGCUUGCCAGUAUUACUCUUCCUAUAUUCCUGCACAAUUAAUUCGUCGUAUUGAUUAUUAAAAAAGUUUUUACAACUGUGA